AUGCACAUGACCAAAGUCCCUCGUCUACUCCUAGUGCUUCUGUGUAGUGAACUGUGUGCGGCCAUUAAGGUCCCAGUAACCUGGAACGAUAGUGUAAAAAGUGAAGUGAAAAAUGAACAGAAUGUGGAAUCACCCGUGGAAAUAUUCAAUCCUCAAAAUGUGCAAACCAGAUCACAUAACCAGCAACCUAUCCCGAUCGAAUAUUUUGAAUAUACGGCUCAGAAACCUAAAUUUGCGACCGAAAUAGCGGCGUUUCAUGGCGUGAAAAAUCCUGAACAAAAUUAUAAAGCGUAUCCUGUGCAGCCUUACACAGGUAAACAGAAACCUGUGUUGGGUGUUCACCACCUGUUAGAUGAAGAAAGGCCGAUCUAUCAUCCACUUCAAACUUACAUACAUCAAAAUAAAGUGUUAAAUAGAUAUGUUCAUCCGACGUCUUCGGGCUAUGAAAUCUUCCACCCAUAUAAAGCUGAGGAGCCUGCAUUGCAAACAAUUUACAGAGAUCCUGUACUAUCAAAAAUCAGAAAUGAUAUACAGGAUAGUAAAAAUAGACUACAAGCCUAUGAACAGGCAGCCGGCGAGCCUCAUAUUUCAGCUGACGAAUAUUUAGAAAGUCCUGAAAAAACAGACAGAAAAUUAUUUCCACAAAAAAAUGAACCAGCCCCUUAUGAAAUUCACAGACCUGAAAGAGUACCAGCUUAUUACAGAGCACCGACCAGAGACCUUCACAGAGAUCAUGCACUAAACCAAAAAUUCAGACACCCAUGGAACCAACAAAAUGUGAAAAUAAGACCUGUACAUUACCUUCCUUUACAUAAACACAUAGGAAAGUUACGAAACAAACACGCGAUGAAAUAUGACGAUGAACAUAAUGAGUAUCCUCAAGUUCCUGUUUCUGAAAAUAUUGAGAAGCUUCCUGAAGGUUAUGAUAUAUAUGAAAAAGGUAAACAAAAAUACACACAACUUAGAAAUAAUCUCGAUGAAUCGGUAAACAACAUUGUUCAAAAACAUCAUCCAGCUAACUAUAAGACAUUAGAACUUCAAAACAAUAGUGAUCAUAAAAACGAACAAAUUGAUGAAGAAUUUAUACCUGUUAAAAAUUACGCACAAGUAAGAAAAACUGAGACAUAUAAGCAUUUGCCAAAAACUGCUGCCUUUGAUGACGCAGAAACAUAUGAGGAAAUUUUAAAUGCACCAAGGCUACGCGAAGCUGUUAAGAGUACAAAGGCUCAAACCGUAUACAGCGAAGAAGGUUAUGAAGACUCUGCCUACGAUCAUGCUGGGAACAAAAACAUGCUUCGGAUCAAGAAGGUCACGGCAUGGAACAGUAAUGAUAAAGAUGAAGAGGAAGAAACAGAAGCUGAAGAUUACUCAGAAAUUGAACAUGAUGAAUCUGUUGAAACCGAUGCUUAUAAUGGCGAUGAUGCAGAGAUUGGUAAUCGAAAUAAACGCGAAGGAGAGGCAGAAACCGAAAUUGAAACAAACAAUGAAGACAACAAUGAUGAUAGUAGUGAACUUAAUCCUACAGCUCACGAUAACGAAUCAAAUGAUCCAGACACGGAACACGAAGUUGGUAAACGAGAAGUUAACUUUAAGGUACCAGAAAUAGAUUUGAAUUCAACAUUUAUCAUAAAAUCACCUACAACUAAACAUCAUGAAAAGAAAAAUGCACCGCUUCGAAAAAAAGAGAGUUUGAAGAAUAAGUAUCCAUACUAUUUUAAAAACUUAAAAGGUGUUCAUAAAAAUUCACCUUUAAGGUACGCUGAAAAUUUAAAACUCAUACCCAAAAAAUCGAGGGGUGGGACGGAAUUUUACGAUUCAAGAUCGAAACUACAAUGUUCUGAGGUAGAUGAAGACGUAGACCCUUUACCUGAAAAACUUAAAAAUGGAGAAAACCCCACUAAUGAGGAUGAAGAUGACGACGAGGAAUCAAAAGCUAAAAGCUUCGAUACCGUCAAACAAGUUCCACGCCUUGAAGGCCUCGAACAUAGUGAUGUUUAUACUGAUGUCCUUAAAAAUAUACAAAAUUCCCAAGAUAAGUCUGAAGAUAUAGCUACAGUUCUAUUAAAUUCUGAAGUAGUGAAAUCGAAUGUAACUUACGAUUCCUUUCAAAAAAGGGAAGAUAUUACUAAGAAGCCUCCACAGUUAAGAAAAAAAAGAGCAGCGCCAUUUGUGUACGAGCCGUAUAAAAUAAUAAGGGACGGUCAAGUUCAAGAUUCCAAGAAAACAACUACAACCAGCAAUAUCAGCCCAUUGAUUAAACAACUUCAGUCAAGUGGAGUAGCUGAUCGAGUUUCAAGAUCUAACAAAGACGAUAAACUACCAAAAAAGUCUUUGAAUAGUCGCACAUAUGUAGAUAUAGGCAGAAAAGCCAGAGCCAAACCUCAAGUUUACAAUGGUUCUGACCAUACUUUUGUAGAUGUGAGUAUAGAUCAACGUAGAGGUGAACCAAGGUAUGAACUGAGACCUUCAAAUCAUAAAGCGGAGUACACACCAGUUGAAAACAAAAGAGCAAUGUCCGUUGUAGCUUAUAAUGCACAGAAAACUACUGAAAAAAACAUUAUAACUACUAAGCCAACACCUAUACGAGGUAGACAACGCUUUCGAUCAACAACAACCACUGUACGUCCUGUAUAUGACGUAGCCCAAUUUAUCCCUAAGCCUUUACAAGUACAGAAUGUAGCCGCAUCAAAUUCAGUUAAGAAAACAGUUACAACUGCUCCAGCUUCAGUUCAAGAGAAAGAAAGAAAACAAGACGAAGAUUCCGAAGAAGUAGAGGAUAGUGAAGAGUAUGAUGAUGAUGACGACGAAGAGGAAGAAGAUGAUGAAGAAGAAGUCCCUACUACUACCACAACGACAACUUUAAAACCAUCAUUUAGAAAGAGAAUCAAAUUUACUACAACUACUGAAAAAGUACCAGAGCACAACACAGAAUCUGAAGCUCAACUACUUAAACUUGUAACUAGAUUCCGCAACUACAAACCAACUGAUGAAUCCGAACCUAAAGAUAAAGUAAAGCCAGCUCCUGAAGUGAAGAAAAAUGUUGAAGAGUCUGACAUAGCCCUGCCCAAGUACAGGGAAAAGAAAAAGAAGUCGCAUACCAGCACAAUAGUUACAGACUCCAAUAAAUAUGGAAAUGAGGAUGAAGACGAAGAUAUGGAAAAAACUGUUGACGAUUUAAUAGGUGUGAAACACGAUAUGAAGGAUUACAUGCCUAUGUAUGAAAAAGAAGAGAGUAAGAAAAAUAAGCAUCAUCAAUCUCGAAAUGAAGAAAAUAAUGACAGUAGAGAAGAAGAGGAGGAAGAUAGUGAAAAUGAGGAUGAAAAUGACGAUGAUGAUGAUGAUCAUCCUGAAAAUAGUGAGGAAGAAGAAAGUGGUGAAGAUGAUGAGGAAGAGGAUGGUGAAGAUGACAACGAUGAUAAAAAAGAUGAUGACAACACAGAACCAGAAAUUCAAGCUACAACACCUGAACCAACAAAACGCACCCUUAUUAGGACAACAGACGCUCCUCCAACAACAAAGGCAACAUUCGUCCACACGACUAUUCCUUCCAUGCCCUCACGAAUUAUCAAACCGGAAGGCAGACCUGUUAUAACAAGAAAGAAGAUUGAAAUACACAAAGAAUUGCCUGUAAACAAAUCGUCGCCUCAUAUAACACAAUUCAAACAGGACAUUAAACAAGUUGAAAUUAUUAAAGAAAUUCCUACAACAUCAAGAAAGAAACCUCAAAAAAAUGCUGAAGUUCUAAAUUUGUAUAAGGAUGACAAUUUAGCACAGGAAAUUAAUAAGUUAGGUGAUGUUGAAAUAUUCCGCGAAAACUUGAACUUAAACGAAGGCCCCAAACAUGGUGGAAAUUAUCGAAAAGCCACUAAAGAAGAAUUAAGAUUACUCAAACCAAGGGAAAAUACCGCAAAACGUGCUAAAGAUGCUGAAACUUCACAAAGUGAGACCAAUAAGAAUGUCGAGCUGGAAGAAUUUGUGCCGAAAAGAUUGCAUGGAGGUAAUUUAAAAGCAUUAAGCGACACAAAGCGCAGUAGAAGUAGUGACAGAAACUCAAAACUUAUUGAGCUAAAUGACCCACCAGUAAGAAUGCAUGGAGGUAAUCUUAAAUAUGACAAAGACAGACGAGGUGGAAGAAGAAGCGAAAAACUAAUAGAACUCGACGACGAAGAAGAUGAUCAUUCAUCACAAGAUGACAAAGAAUAUAAACCACUGAAUACAAGACACGAAAGAAUGCAUGGGGGGAAUUAUAGAAGUGCUAAAAUAGUAGCACCGCAAGAAGAUGACGACAUUCAAGUUAAAAGUUCAAAGAAAGAGUCACCAAGGAACGCAGCUUUACUAUUGGCCCAGUUCGCUCAGGCUGCCCCGAUAUUGACAAGUACACCGGCCUACAUAUUAGAUCCUAGUAAACGAAUGUACUAUUAUGUUGAUGCCUGA